GCUCUAGGGAAUCAUGAAUUUGACAAUGGCCUUUCUGGACUUGUGGACCCAUUCCUCAAAAAUGUAAAGUUCCCCAUUCUAAGUGCCAAUAUUAUAGCAGAUUCACAGAUUGCAUCUAAUAUUAGUGGAUAUUAUCUUCCUUAUAAAAUAUUGAAUGUUGGUGGUGAACAGAUUGCAAUAGUUGGAUAUACCUCAAAAGAAACUCCAGUUUUAUCUGAUCCAGGCCCAUUCCUGAAAUUUGAAGAUGAGAUAGAAAUUUUACAAAAAGAAGUUUCUAAAGUUUUAACUCUUGGUGUAAAUAAGGUGAUAGCUCUGGGUCACUCUGGCUUUGAUAUUGACAAACUUAUUGCUCAGAAGGUGAGGGGAGUGGAUGUAGUUGUCGGAGGACACACAAAUACAUUCCUUUACACAGGACCACCACCUUCCAAUGAUGUCCCAGUUGGAGAAUAUCCUUUUAUUGUGAAAUCCGAUGAUGGCCGUUCUGUACCAGUGGUUCAAGCAUAUGCCUUUGGAAAAUAUCUUGGCUAUUUAAAUGUGACGUUUGAUGCACAAGGAAAUGUAUUACAUUCCUCAGGAAAUCCAGUUUUGUUGAACAGCAGCAUUCCUGAAGACCCAGCACUUCUAGCAGAGGUUAAAAAAUGGAAGGAACAAUUGCUUGAAUACUCUGCUCAAGAAAUUGGAAAAACCAUAGUAUUUCUAAAUGGCUCUUCUCUGGAGUGUCGUUUUCGGGAGUGCAAUAUGGGAAACCUGAUUUGUGAUGCUAUGAUUUCCAAUAAUAUUCGACAUCCAGAUGAAAUGAAUUGGAAUCAUGUUUCACUCUGCAUUAUAAACGGUGGUGGAAUCAGAUCAUCGAUUGAUGAAAGAUCAAGUAAUGGUAGCAUAACUACUGAAGACUUGCUAUCAGUGUUACCUUUUGGUGGUACAUUCGAUUUGAUUGAAGUUAAAGGGUCUACACUAAAAAAUGCAUUUGAGCACAGUGUACACCGCCAUGGUGCUAGUACUGGAGAGUUCCUGCAAGUGGGUGGAUUUAAAGUGGUGUACAAUUUAGAUAAAGAACCUGGGCAGAGAGUCCUCAAAUUAGAAGCUAUGUGUACCAAAUGCAGAGUACCGAGAUAUGUUCCAGUGGAAAUGGACCAAGUUUAUAAAAUUGUUCUUCCAAACUUCCUUGCUGAGGGUGGAGAUGGCUUUAGUAUGUUAAAAAGUGAACGCCUGAGACACGACAGUGGGGAUCUUGAUAUUGCAGUUGUUGGAAAUUACAUUAAUAAAUUGGUACGGGUUUACCCUGCUGUGGAAGGGAGGAUCCUGUUUACCACUGAAGACUCUUGCCGGUCAUCAGCACAUUUUAAUCAAAUGAACUACCCACUGGUUUACAUCACAGCUUUUCUGGUGUUGCUACACCGAUUAUUCUAA